AUGCUACUCCCAGAUUCCGUCAAAUACCUGGGCUCUUCGCCUACCGCUGCGAAAGUAAGGAAGGCCACCGAUGACAACGAAUUCGUGGGUGCUUCCAGCGCUCUCAUUAGCGAGAUUACGAUCCUCACAUAUAGUUGCAAGACCUUACUAGACGUUACACGGGUUCUAAAGAAGCGGCUCUCCGGGAACGCGAACAAGUCGUCACACAAAAAUGCCGUACACAUCCUUAAAGCGUUGACCCUAACGAACUACCUGAUUGCAAACGGCUCCGAAGACUUCGUUCAAUGGCUGCAAGGGUGUGCCGUCCUGCUGCGGAGGCUCAAGGAUUUCACCACUGGAAACGAACGCGACUCACAUAUGGCCUCCCAGAUACGCUCUUUUUCCCUGUCGCUGUUGGAGUUGAUGCAGAACCCGGCGUUGCUCGAAGACCACCGUCGCAGCGUCGUGCGCUUCCGUUCCAGCAUAUCUACACCCGGCUACAAGUCCGAUCAGCGCUCCCAGAGCCUACCUGGGCUUCCGGCCCCUAUGAGACCUCAGUCACCAGCUGCUGAGUUCCCCUGUAUGGUACGUCACAGCAUAGAGCAUAACUACCGCAGUCCGAGUCUCGGCUGCCUGGUGGAGGAGGACGUUUCCCAGAUGGGAACUCCAACCCAGGCUCCACCGUAUUCAGGAGCGACGCUUCCAACCAAAGAUUCAUACAUUUGA